AUGGCUGUGCCCCCGGCUUUCCCCCGGGGACCCCUUCAUGAGCCCGCCGGGAUCCCCCCGGCGGAGCCCCCGCCCUGCCCUCGGAGCCUGGCUGAGGGCUUCCUGCGGGAGGAACUCCGGCUCAAUGCCGAGCUGAGCCAGCUGCAGUUCUCGGAGCCCGUGGGCAUGAUCUACAACCCCGUGGAGUACGCCUGGGAGCCACACCGCAGCUACGUGACCCGCUACUGCCAGGGCCCCAAGGAAGUGCUCUUCCUGGGCAUGAACCCGGGGCCCUUCGGCAUGGCCCAGACCGGGGUGCCCUUUGGGGAAGUGAGUGUAGUCCGGGACUGGUUGGGAAUUGGGGGCUCCGUGUCAACCCCUCCUCAGGAACACCCUAAGCGGCCAGUGCUGGGGCUGGAGUGCCCACAGUCAGAGGUGAGCGGUGCCCGGUUCUGGGGCUUUUUCCGGAACCUCUGUGGGCAGCCCGAGGUUUUCUUCCGUCACUGUUUUGUCCACAACUUGUGUCCCCUGCUCUUCCUGGCUCCCAGCGGGCGCAACCUCACCCCCGCCGAUCUGCCUGCCAAGCAGCGGGCGCAGCUCCUGGGGCUCUGUGACGCGGCUCUCCAGCGGCAGGUGCAGCUGCUGGGGGUGCGGCUGGUGGUGGGAGUGGGGCGGCUGGCGGAGCAGCGGGCACGGCGGGCUCUGGCUGGCCUGAUGCCCGAGGUCCAGGUGGAGGGGCUCCUGCACCCCUCCCCUCGGAGCCCACAGGCGAACAAGGGCUGGGAGCCGGCGGCCAAGGAGAGACUGAAUGAGCUGGGGCUGCUACCGCUGCUGACGAAAUGA